GGGAGGAGGAAAAAAAAAAACUUGCUGGCACCGCCUGCCAGAUUCAUAGCAGAUCUCAGCAAUCUAUCGCAUCGCCGCAUCUAACCCUAAACUGUUUGUAACUGGCUCCGUCGGACAGGGUAUUUACAUUCAGGCUGCAGAGCUGCCCCUUGCAGUGUAGAGUUGACAGAGAGGGAGUUGUUUCGCUGCUGAUGCUGGGGAGAUAAAUCCUUUAUCUCACAUCUUCUCUUAUCGCCAUCUCUUCACCCCCUCCACCCCCCUGCGCAAUUGAGUCGACACCGGUGGCAUAUUGGACGCGCUGGAUGGCUGCUGCACUUAUCGAACCGGUGUGAAUCUUUUUUUUCCCCCCAUCAUCAUCUCCUCCUGCUUCUGAUCCUGAAAACAAAAACAACAACUGCAGCAACAAUGACAGACCCGGCGACCCAAGAGUCCUACCCUGUCCCAGACCCGACUAUUGUGGAUCCCUGCCCGGCCCCCAUGCGGAACGGCCAGUGCGCCCCGGAUGGCUUCACCAACAACCAUCACCAGCAAGCCAAAACCCCCGGCCAGACUGAGACGUUCACCACGGGCCAGGAGAUGAAAAUCACAGACAGUGUAGAGGGAGAAGGUCUCCUCGAGAGCAGCAUGCGCCUGAAGCCCCACGAGGCUCAGAACUACAGGAAGAAGGCACUCUGGGUCUCCUGGAUCUCCAUCGUGGUCACUCUCAUACUGGCUGUGGCAGCUUUCACUGUAUCGUUCAUGAGACACAGCGCGUCAGCCUUCGGAUUUGCUUUUGAUGCCACGCUGGACGUCCUGUCAUCAGUCAUUGUCCUCUGGCGCUACAGCAAUGCAGCAGCUGUGCACUCUGCUCACAGAGAGUAUAUAGCAUGCGUAGUCCUUGGGAUUGUGUUCGUUCUCUCCUCCCUCUGCAUUCUUGGAAAGGCCAUCCAUGAUCUGGCUACCAGGAUGCCCCCAGAAGUGGAUGACUUCCUCUUCAGCGUGUCCAUAGUGAGCGGGCUCACAUGUGCUGUGCUGGCUGUAGCCAAGUUCAUGCUGGGAAGAGUGCUGACAAGCCGGGCACUUAUCACUGACGGGUUUAACUCUAUGGUUGGUGCCAUCAUGGGAUUUUCCAUUCUGAUCAGCGCUGAAGUCUUCAAACACCACGCUGAUGUCUGGUUUCUGGAUGGCACCAUCGGAGUUCUCAUUGGACUCAUCAUUUUGGCAUAUGGGGUCAAACUUUUGAAGGACAUGGUGCCCCGUGUGAGACAGACGAGGAACUACGAACGCUUUGAGUGAGAGACCUGUGUGUUGACCAGACCGGCAGGUUCACACAGACACACACACUCACACACACACACACACACACAUAUACACACACACACCUGGCUGCCUCCUGCCCUUCGCCCUCUUCUCUCUGUCUUUCUUACACAAAGUACAUGCACAUUUCACCCGCAUAUACAUAUGGACGCUACACAUUCAUGUCGUCACACACACUGGAAUAUAUACACAUAUGCUGUAUAUACUGUACAUAGCAUAUUCAUACAUUCAGACAUAAACAAACACACAUGCAUGCACGCGCACACACACACACACACAUACACACACAUCUGAGAGACAUUGAGGAAAAAGGACAUAAUUGAAGACCUCCCCCUGCCAAGAAAGAACUUCAGUUGUUUUGUUUUUUUUCCAGUCUUCUCUUCUCCACUUUUUCUUCAUGAAAACCACAAAUUAAAUAUUACACAGAGAAUAAGGAAAAGGGGAGAUGCAACAUGGAUGAGAUGCUCCACAACUGAGACUGUUGUCUUCUAACAAGAGUUAUGGAUUUGUUCAACCUGGACAUAGAUGUCUGCUUUCACACAGUUUUUCCUCUCCAGGAAACUACAGUAUGUUGAUCGGCUAGGUUCAUUCAUUCAUGAAGAUUCAGCUAUUGUUGUGGGGAGUAUAUGGGGGAUCAAAAUGAAAAUCCACCAGAAUGAUGUAGAUUUUACGGGAGUUAGGUGAAGUCCCACAUGAAAGAUAAAGUAUGCGUUCCCAUGUUACUCACUUGGGAAAACAUAUACAAGGAGUCUCUCUAUCCUGUCUUAAUUAAGAAUAUGGAACCUUCAUUUUUAACUUUUAAUGUUAUCAAUUAUUAAGUGCAGAUGUCCCUCUCCUAAAACACAGGAGGUCCUGGCAAAAUCUCAAAGCCUGAGACUCACACAGAGAGUAUAUAAGCAGCACUGAGUCAGCAAACACCACUUUCUCUGUGCAUACAGGAAGGUGAAAAGCAUCAGUGCACAGUCAGGUCAGCCUUGAUCUGGAAACUCUACAACUAAAAGCAAACACAAGUAAAAAGUACAGGAGACAAUUAUUUGCCAAUUAAUGGCUAUAAACCGAGGUGCACAAAGCUAAAGUCAUUUAACCAGUUUAUAUUACAUUGCAUCACAUUAUAUGUGAUGUGUCCAAGCACAAAUUAGCAAACUUUCCCUCCAAACAUUGGUGUUUGUAGCUGACAGUUUAGUGCAGUUCCAAUUUUAAACACAAUGAUGGUUAAUUCAGGGUAUUUAGCCUGUUUUGUCUUAACUACUGUAUCUGACUUUAUGUUUCGUUGCCAUAUCUUUGUUCAUGUUUUUGACUUGUUUACAAACACACAUACCUUAGUCAGUUUUUAAAGGAAAUCCAUUCAGUUACUUUUGUUUUUUUUUUACUUGAAAUAUUAUUAAAGUUGACAGGGUGUGCUGGGCAAUAGCUAACAAGUGAAGAAUAAUUAAUCAAAUCAAAGUUGUAAAGGUGAGAUGGCUAAAAAAAACACAAUGUGGUUAUCUUGUGUUUUUGCUGUAACACCUUUUCAGGCUUAGAUAAAUAAUCAAUGUAAAAGCACUAAACACCAGGAAUGUUCCCUGUACUACUUGCUAUUAUCUUGUUAUUUAUCAUUUGCUCAACAGAGUGUUGAACUGUUGUGGUAUUUAUUAUAUUUGUUUUAGCAUUUCCCUUUUUUUUUUUGCUUGUUUUGACUGCAAAGUUCAUUUGGAAAGUUGGAAACGAUUAAGUCUCAAGCCUUAGAUGAAACUAAGCACAAUGACAAAGAUAAAGCAGCCUGUGGGAAUAUCAUUUACAUUGCAUAUCAUUACAGUUUUUCAGAGACAGUGUUUUCUUCUGUGUCUGCUUACCAGCUUAUUUGUUCUGCAUGUGCAUUAUCAUUAUUAUCAUUCAUUAUGAUGUGCAAUGAACAGAAUGUAAAUACAAACCACACAGUCUGCUAAUAUGUAUAUUACACUGUUUGGGUGCAUCAGUAACAAAAGUCACAAAUAGUCAUAGUACUUUAUGGCAAAACAUAGUGGGCUUUUUUGGAGUAGACAGCUUAUAGUUAAAAUACAGGAUGAUCAGUGUUGCAUAGUAAAAAUGUUUACUCUAUAGUGCUUAUAUACUGUAAAUGUUGUUUUACAUAUUACUGUAGAUUAUUGGUGAAAUGAAAUGACAAGUCUUACUGUAAGUUUUUGCACUGUAAGUGAAAAAUCUCUGGUUGGAUGUAGGUGUGAUCUGACAGUGCUGUCCAAGGCUCAGCUGUGUUUUACAAUUUCUCUUAUAUCACUUAUCAGCAGCUGUCAAGUGAAGAACUGAUCGCCAAGCCAGUCACUAUUUAUAUAACUGACACAGGAGUUACAUGUGAGCACAGCCAUUAUUGUUCCCGCAACAGUUUACCUGAUGGCACAAAUCAGUAUUAUUUUACUGAUCUUUGGAAACUGUGGAUGACAUAAACCCAUAUGUGAGAUCAUCCAUUUGAUUUAAGAAAAACAUUGAACAUUUAAAAAAAUCAGGAAAUAGUGAAUAUUGUGUUAUUCUACGUAUCAUGUAGAUUUAGUGACUUGAUGGUCAUCCUAUUGGAGGAUAUUUCUGUCUAACUCAAAAUAAGCAAUUACAUAAAAAUAAAAUAAAUUCCGUUCACAGAUUGGUUUUAUACAAAGUCAUUGUCAUGAAUUAAAUUAGAAAUAAAUGGAUAUAAAUAAUUCAUAGAUGCUGUGUUCACAAAUGGACCUGUUUGUGGCCUGGUCUCCUCAGCUAUCCACAAUGCUUGUGAGACACCUUCUGGUUGGAAACCACAUCACAGGAGUUUUAAUCAGUAUUCAGUGCACUUGAUCCUAGGGAGAGAGUCUAAAUUUAUCCCGGGCUUAAAACCGCUACAAAGCCUUGGACAGUUAUUCUGAAGGGGGCCUACAUCCGCUCUACACUGUAAUUAUCAACUCCUGAGUUGACAUACCGGACAAGGUGCAAAGUUAUUGUUAUUAUCUUUAGUUUCAUUGUGUGAAGAAUAAGGAUUAGCUAUAAAUUGAAGGUGUGAAUCAAUCACACCUCUUCAACUCACCAACAGCACACAGAUUUGUAAUGUUUCCCUCUCUGACGCAUAGAAGACAAUCUUUACAAUUACUUUUACUAGUAAAGCACAGUGUUCAUGUGCUGAAACCAACACAUAAGGCACAGAACACACUAGAAGAAUCAUCAAUCAGUCUCUGUAACUGUAAAUGUAUGCUUUACUAGCUCUAUUGCUUGUAUGGUUAACUAUUGUGUUUGGAUAAACCAGAGACUAUUUUGAUCUCGGCAAAGUCCUUUCUACCUCUCUUCUUUGCACUUUGUUUUAUUUUCAUGCCAUUUCUCUUGUACACAUUCAUGCUACUGUAAUCAUGGCCCUGGCCACCUUUACACUCCUUAAUAAUGGGUGAUCUUAGAAGCUGUUGUACUCACUGUAAAUGACUGUAAGUGCAACAGCUGAAUACCAAAAAAAUCUGUAAAAUGUAACUGUACACCCAUGACCACCAGAGUUGUGGUUGCAUUUCAUUCAGCUAAAAUGUGAUUCCUCUGAUGCCUCAUGAAAUGUUUCAACCCUCACACUCCAUCUCACUAGAAAAACUGCUAGAGGUUUGUGAAACAAAGACAUCUGAACAUGUAUUUCUUGUUCGUACAAACACAAAAUCUCUCAUCACUUGAGAAAUACAAAGUGGUAUAAAAUCUUAAUCCAUUUCAUUGUUUCAUGGAAAUAGCUCAGAAACCUGUCCAAUCAAUUAUACAGCUUGAUGAACUGUGCCAAAUCAUUGAGACCAUUUAUCCACUCUUCUGACAUGUGCAUAUCUUUUAAUUGUGCUUGUGUUGAUGAAUGGAUUUAUCAUUAUCAUCCCCAAAACGGCACCAAACCAUUCAUUUUACUCACAAAAUUAUGACAGCAAUACUAACCACCUCUCUGUUGCUAUAGGCUUUGCAUGGGCUUAUAAAAACCCUUCAGUGGUUACAGAUGCAUUGCGACCACUCUCUCACACACACAUGGAAAGAUGUAAUUGAAUUUCCAAUAAAUCUGACUAUGUAACAGAAUUAUUAAUUGUCUGUUUGUACAGUAAUAAUAACAGUGGUAUUACAGAUGAUGUAAACACCAUUUAUUUAUGUAAAAGAACAAUGAAGCAUCUCUUUGUCAAAGAGCAAAGUUUUAUUGAUUAAUAAAGUUUUAUCCUGCUUAUUCAUCA